GUCAGCAUGCUACCAUGCGCUUCUUUAACCAGACCAGCUAGCCUCUCUUCGCUAGGCACACUAGCUAGUGAGCAGCAGGUUUAGCUCACGUCCUCUUGAGAUUAUGGGCAGCAGAACCAGCACAGUAGCAGCUGGAGUGUGUGGAGCAUUGUUCAUAGGAUAUUGUAUAUAUUUUGACAGAAAACGACGGAGUGAUCCGAACUUCAAGAAAAAACUGCGGGAACGGAGGAAGAAUAAGGUUUGUCAAGAACAAUCUGGACUGGCAAAGUUACCUGAUCUGAAAGAUGCAGAGGCUGUACAGAAAUUCUUCUUGGAGGAAAUCCAGCUCGGAGAGGAACUUCUUGCACAAGGUGACUAUGAGAAGGGAGUAGACCACCUGACCAAUGCCAUCGCCGUGUGUGGACAGCCCCAGCAGCUCCUCCAGGUGCUGCAGCAGACGCUGCCCCCACCUGUCUUCCAGAUGCUGCUCACCAAACUGCCCACCAUCAGCCAGAGACUCGUGAGUGCUCAGAGUUUGGCGGAAGAUGACAUCGAGUGAAUGAGGUGUUUGUGUCUUACAUUGGGGUGUGUUUGUGUGGCUAUCGGACAACAGAUGCAGGCCCGUCUCCCAGCAGUGUACUUAGCACCGCUGAGUCACCUGCUGUGCUCUCUGGAGCCUGUUACGUUUCCUGUUACUGUAGCCUUGUUACCCCUCUCAUCGGACCAAUCUGGGAACAUUCUGGUUCCUAUCCUUUAUAUUUCUGUGUCUGUCUGAAGUCAAAUCAUAUCAAUCAUAGAUGAACGUGUCCCACAAUGCUGAACAAAUGUAUUAUUUAUUCAUUGUUUCAUCUGUCUUAUAUGAUAUACAAAUAAUGCUCAGCAUACCUAAUUUAUACCAAUAUGCAAACUAAAUGUCAUUUUGGAUUGCUCUAGAUAGGACGGUCAAAUCUGCAUUCAUGAAAAUGUGGUAGGAGGGGUGAACUGAAUGUUUAUUUUAUAAGAUGUCAAAGGAAUGAAAAGUGAGUUAUUUUUUUUGUAUUCCAAUCCUACAUAUCUAAAGUAAUUCUUUCCUUAAUUCCAUGGAAUAAAAUGAGAAUUCUCUUA